AUGAAUUCAUUGCCAAUUGAAACAAAACUUGAUAUAUUUAAAUUCCUUAAUUUCACUCAAUUGUUCACUUUUAAACAAACAAAUCAUUACUAUCGAAAUUUAAUUAAUAAAUAUGGGGCAGAAUUGGCUCGUAUGAAAUUCAACAAACUCUCACUGUGGCAAGCAGCUAUAUCUAGAUCAGUUUCAUUGUUUUUACAUGAUUUUGAACCUGACAAAGAAUUUAUUGUUUGUUUGGAGAGAACAUUUUUCUAUGCAAAUGAUAAAAAACCUCGUUAUUAUCUUUUGAAAUUGCCCAACAAUCCAAAAAAUAUAGAAGAAAUGAUUAUUAUUCGUCAUUGUUUGGAACAACUUUUUAAUUGUGCCUUUGAAUAUGCUUAUUUUAAUAAAAUUGUGUUUAAUCCAGAAAUAAUUAAUUUAUUAUUUGAUAACAACCAAACAACUUCUCCACAAUUUCACAUUCAAAAACCCUCUCUAUCAACUAGCAAUAAUUUAUUUGAAAACAUUUUUAGAUUCGUUUUGAAUCAUUUAAAGAUUUUUGAAUUUGUCAGUAUUGAUUUCAAUCACAUGGACAUUCCAGAGGAAAAUAUAAAUAUUUUGUUUGAUAUUUUGAUAAAUGAAGGCAAUAAAUUACCCAAAGUUUGUUUAAGUCGAUUUAAAUUAGCAAAACUUCAUGAUCUUAUUGUUGAUCACAUAUCAACCUCUCAAAGUUGUUCAAAAACUGUACCAGUUAUUAUUUUCGAUAAAAUUUUAUUCUCGGAUUUUAAAUUGAACGAGAGGGCAGAAAAAAUUGAAAUUGGACAUUUAAAAACUUUUAAAACUACUGACUAUCAAAUUAUCAAUAUUAACAAUCCAAAAGUGAGAUUUUUAUUUUCCAAUGAAGAAGGGAGAGAUGGAUCAAUUUUUUAUGUGCAAAUUAAAAAAAUUUUAUUGUAA